AUGUUGCCAUCCUCUUCCUCAGCAUCAUCAUCUCCGAAUAAACAAUCGAUGGCCUCAAAAGAGGAAAAGAAAAUUCAAGAAAAUUCAUCCUCUAAAAAGACACUUUCAUCCAACAACAACAACAACAAAACCACCAACAACAAGGACAACAAAAAACAAUCCAAGUCCGAUCCAUCAUCCACUGAAGAAAACAACAACAAGGAAAAAGGGUUCAUUACCUCUCAAGCCAUCAUUAGCAGAAUUAAAUGGGAUGAGAAAUUUUCAACCUUUUUAGAUGAUUUUACGAUUGGAUAUUUGGAUCGAUUUGAAGGUUUAAAGACGACCACCAUCAAAGAAUUUGAAGAAUCUGAUGAAAUUCCAUUCCAUAGGAUUUGGUAUCUAUAUUUUAAUGGAAUUGUUAUUUGGGAUCGAGAGAAGAGAAUUGAUAAUGUAUCUAAGGGAAAAUUGGAACAAAUUAUUGAGGAUUAUUUUGUAAAGAAGCAUCAAGAAGAGUUGAGAACGAAAAAACAAAUGGAACUUGAGAGUAAACAAAAGAAAAAUCAGAAAAAUCAGAAUCAACUAGCGGUUGUGGCAUCCUCUUCAUCAUCUCAAGAAGUAGGCUCUUCUACAAGUUCAAUUAUUCCAGAAGAAAUGGAUGAUUGCAGUGAAGAAGAAGAUGCCCAUUCGUCAAGUGAAGAAAGCGCCUCAGAUGAAGCAGAAGAUUUCAAUGAAGAGGUGACCAAUGAUGCCACAAAUUGUUUAACAAGCGAGCAAAUUUUAGAAAAUUAUGCAGCUCAGUAUAGAAAUAACAAGAAGCUUAAAAAAGUAUUGUUUUCAAAGAAUAAGACUCGAAAAGUUCAAAAGGAAUACAUUCCUGACGAUGACUUGGAAUUGUGGCUAUUAGAACACAACGAAGAGAAUGAAGAUUUAGUACUACAAUUUCCAACACAUAUUUCUCAAAGAGGAGGUCACUAUCACAUUAUCUUUGAUACUAGAAAGAAAUACGAUGAAUAUAUCAAUUCUUGGAAAAGCGCCAUUGAGAAGAACCAAAAGUUUUAUGUUGAAGAAAUGAGAACGAAACAUGCAUUCAGACUCUAUGUCGAUAUUGAUAUCAAAACUACAAAAUCAAACUCUCCAUUCGAUAUUAUCAGCAAUGGUUGGAUCAAGCUCAUUCAACAAUUUGCAAACGAUUAUUUUAUGGGAAAGGAAGACAUUACAUUAGUUGUGACUGAGUGUCACAGUAAUUGGAACGAUAAGAAUACCAAAUCAGCUCGAUUCAAGUCAGGAUACAGAUUAUACUUCCAUGAAAUCAUUGUUGAUUAUGACAAGUUUUGCGACUUUACUUAUCAACUCUCCUACUACAUGAUGGAUAAGAUUGGCUCAUACGAAAAUCAGCCUAUGGAUUGGUCAUUCGAAGAUGUGAUUGAUCUUAAAUCAUGCAACCAUCCCCGAUGUAGAAUGUUUGGAACAACGAAAUGGAGACGUGGUCACUUACUACCGCGAAUUUACCAAUUUUCUGGUAUCUUUGGUAAAGAUAUGACAUUAGAUGAGAAAAAGACACAAGAAUUGAAGAAUAAUCUUCGUGACUUGUUAGUGCUGACCUCUACUCGUGUAGAGGAUCCUUUCGAUGAUGAUGUCGAAGGUCAGAAGUAA